AUGAGCACGCAACACCACGGCGGCCAGGGCGACUUUUGGGCCUGCACCACCCGCGAUGGCUCCAAGCCGGCGACGACGCAUACCGAGACGAUAACACUGAACCACGCCGCCACCCCAGGAACCGCCCUCAGUCUGUUUGAAUCAAUCCUCACCUCCUACCCGCCCGUUCUCGAAUCCUUCCUCGCCCAGAUCUCUACCGUCACCCUCCUCGAACUCUACCACACAUCACGUCAUUUGCGCCAGUUCCUGCAACGCUACCCGCUCGCAUGGAAGACGCUCUCCUUCAGGCUGCCCCAGCCCGCUGUUGCAGUGGGCUCGCCGGGCAACGAGACGCCUGAGAACAGGGAACGGCAGUCGAAAGCCUACUCGUUCGACGCUCUGCUCAAGCAGAUCAUAUCGCCGAAUGGGACACGCUUGACCAGCUUAGACCUCUGCAACACGGCCGUGACUGGAAUUGCCCUGGUUGGGAGCGUCCUUGCCCCGCGGAUAGACACCCUCCAGCAUCUGUCCGUACGAGGCUGCAAGAACGUCUCCAUCAAGUACCACAUCGUUCCCUUCCUAGAGCCAUACACUUUGAAGGACGCACCAUGGAUGCAGAAGGACCUCGCUCUGAAGAGCCUAUAUACCUACCGCUGUCGACACCACCGCCGCCGACCCUAUCUCCCCUCCUCCCUCAUUCGGAGAGACUCCGACUCCGACCCCACCCACCAGCUCAUCGAGAUAUGUCACCAAUUGGGAAUAUGGACGGAUACAGCAUGGUGUCCGACACCAGGCGGCAGGUGCAACCGACGGAAGGAUUACCAUGCAGGAAGAGCAGGACCGCAGAACAUGGAAGUUUGGGUACCCUUUGAUAGAUUGUGGCGAUCGAGCAACCGCAUCGGUCCUGUCGAAGGCACGACAAAGUUGGGCGAACACGAUGGCCGACUAUGGGAAAUUGCCGAGACAGGAGAAGACGGCGAGCCACUUGGUCCAGAGGACGGGAACUCGGCAGGAGAAGGCAAACACGUCCCAGUGCACGAGCGGAGGAGCCACACUGCCUUUGUUGAAGAGGUCAAAUGCGCGCAGUGCAACGACACAAUACUGGAGCGAUGCGAAUCAUGUAGUGUCCGCAUGCACUGCAUGGGGUGCCGAAAGACGCUUUGUGCGAGCUGUGCCUUCAAUAGGCCGAUACCGAGAAAACGAGUCAAGACACGGCAUUUCGCAAACCUGGCUUUUGGAAACAGCACUACACUGGGCGGUACACUCGGACAUGCGUCGGGGUCUUCUGCACCAUUAGAGGACAGGAGCCAAGAGGAUAAGGCUGACCAGAAUCGCUUCUGGUGGGCCCCGGGUGCGACCCGAUCACCAAAUCUAAUGAAUGAGAGCGCACAGGAUGACGACUCCUCGGAUUCCGAAGAUGGCGGGAACAAUGGCAUGCCUGUACCACCCGUGAAUCGAGAACCGCCAAAACUGAACAUGCAUUGGUGUUGCCUCGAGCCCAUCUUCUCUGGUGGCGGCGGUAUUGCUGUUCUGGGUACUGGAUUAGGCGGCAGAGGAGCCGAUAAGAUACGUGCAGCGCCUCUGCCGCGGACCAAGGAGUUUGAAGAUCCUGACUUCAGCAAUACACUUCGACCUGUGGAUUACAUCCGGGAGUUGAAGAAUAACGGCCUGUAUGAGUACGUGCUUGGGGAGGAUGUUGAUAUCCUGUCGUACCUGAAGCAGGAUUCGCUUGACCUCCAGCAACAAACAUGUCCGAGAGGUCUGUGUAACGACUGCUACCGAAGCUUCCGAUGGAAAGUUUCAUGUCGGGCUUGCAAGAAUCCGAUAUGCAAAGAGCAUGAUUUUAGAGCGUUAAAGGUUCGCAAGUGUGGUUAUCGGGAUUUGCAUACCGAGCGAGAGCACGUACGAUCACACAAUGAGCCGCCACAACGCCUUGUGAUACCUGAGUUCAAUCCAAACAGGGUCAGUACACCGGAUCCUGAACGCACACCUACCGCAUCAUCAUCCCAUCUCGACUUCUACUCCACCGGUGAUAAUGAAUCUGAGUCUUCCGAGACACCCAUGUCUCAGUCCCAGAUUAUGGUUGCUCCUCAACACUCGUCAAUCGAUAUGUCGGCCACAACAUCCUUCAAUUCCAUCUCAAACCCCGAACCUUUUCAACUUGCAACCUCGCUCUCUUUUGUUCCUAUCAGCACUGGGCGUCCACGCUCCUUCAGUGUAUCUGGCGUUCGCGGCCGACCCACUAGUGCUUGGUCCCCGAAUUCGCAACGUGCUCCAGUCAAUCACGCAAUCACAAACCCUCUUCCACUCCCCUGCAAUCCACGGCAUCCCGUGCAGUGGAGUGGUUGUGGUGCAUACUUCUGCCAGUCUCCGAGACCUGCAGGAGACGGCCGGCCACAGUGUCCAGGAGUUCUUAAGGAGUGCUCGGAAUGUGCAGUACUUGUUUGCGAUCAAUGUGCAUCAUCGAAUCCAACUUGUACAUGCAGUUUCUGCACCGUCAACUAUCACUGUCCAACGUGCACGCACAAACCCAAUGUCCGCGCCAAAUGCCGGCUUGAGGCGGAGAUCAAACAAAAGAAAGAAGAACAACUCCGCGCGAUAGCGAAGCAGAGAAAGGACAAGGAAGAGCGUGGGUUGGCAGAUGAGUUGGCCGGAGCAAUGUUCGAGUUCUUCACAACAGUUUACGACGAAAGCACCGUCAACCAAACCAUCGACGGCUCCUCCACAUCACUCACGCACGACCUACCCAUCCCGAGCCCAGACUCUAUUACCGUCACGACAGAAUUCGGUGUCAUGGAAGAACCUGCAAACUUGACAACCAUCAGUGCAUCCGGACCUUCGCCCUACCAUGUCGCUUACGACCAUUCCGAUGACGAAGAGAACAACGUCGAGAUGACUGAAGACGUAAAUGAGGACGUCGAAGCACUUCAACAGGGACUAGCGCAGAUGCACCUCACCCCUGUGCCUGGCAUGAGUGCUCACAUUCUGCAUCUGCCGGUAGAGGUCGAGCCUGAGCACGUACACGACGGCAAUGAAGAAGAACAGUCCGAGGGAGUCAACGACGCCGGUGCAGAGGCGGAUAUAGAUACAGACGAUCUCGACGCAGGCACUGAAAGUACCUUUGUCGACGAGUCCGGCGAUGAUACUCUGGGAGGGGGUAUUCUUACACCCACAACCACAAUUACAGCAUGA